UUUUUAAUUGCUUGAUUAACUUAUGCAUUGAUGAAAAAUCCAUUUUACAGAGUAGCAUCCCUGCCCAAGGAUCUCCCUGCCAUUAAUUGGACCCAGUACGAGGGUCGUGUGAGCGUCCCCAACAUGGUGGCUGAGUUCCAGAAGCAGUACCAAGCUCUCACUGUGCCAUACCCUAAGGAUGUUUACACAUCAAAAAUUGACGAGCAGGAGAAAGCUACUAUGAUAGCUGUAGAGGAAUUUGUGAAGAAAAUGCAAGCCUCAGUUGUAAGUAUGAAGGCUGAGCUUGCCAAAGUGGAAGCAAUGAUGCCAAUCACAGAGAUGAACUUGGAGGAAUACUUCGAUGCAUUUCCCAAUCAUGCUCUGGAUUCAUUCGAACGUCCCACCAUGUGGCCGCACAUCGAGGAGUGCCAGCCUGAGUACCUGGAACGAAUGGCCAAGGAGGGCAAGUUUGAUGAAGCGCACUGAGCCCAUACUGACUGCAUGUGUGUUGUGGCAAUAUUACAAGCACUCAAUACUAAAGUACAUGGAGAUGAUACCCAUAACAGAGCAGUGAAAAGUACGAUCUCUGGUUUUUAAGAAAUUGUGGUUGCAAAUUCGAUUUACACUUUUGCCUGUAAUGAAGUCUUGAAAUAUUUCUUUUUGCUGCACACAAUUCAGCUGAACCUUGAAGUAAUUGAUUUAUUGCUUGACUGCACUUGUUCAUGUUAUUUAUUUUGAGACACUACAUUGCCUAUCACACUGCUGUGUUUGUACAUAAGAAAACUUCUGCUACAGCAAUAUGUUCUGGAAAAAUUUCUAUUAAACAAAAUUUAAACGGAAA